GGAAAACAAACAACACGGGAACAAAGAAAACAAUUUCUUUUCUUGGGUGCUAAGAAAAAAUGGAAAGUUUGAUAUUGUUGAAACGAACUCUUACAGCAGAAUGGCUACAAACGAAACAUAAAGAAAAUAAGCAGCCUCACAUUUGCAAAAAAGAAACAAGGGAAGAGUUUCUGAAAAGAAUAGAAACCUUGAUAAAUGGAAUUAUUGAUGCUUUAGACAAUGGUGAAGCUCCAGUUUUACAGUAUGUUAAUUAUAGAGAUUGGGACACAAUUGAGUACAAAAAUGGGGAAUAUUUACAGCCAACAGAAAAGAAAAAAAUGUCAUAUAUUCGCUAUGAUGAUGCAAAAUCUUUAAAGAAAUUUAGUCUUAUCAUCAAAGUUUUAUCUGUCAUUUACAAACAAUUGCAAGAAAAUAAAUUUUGCACUAAAAGAGACUUAUAUUAUCAAGAUCCUGAAGCUUUUGGCAAACAAAAUGUCUUGGAUGGAAUUGUUGAUAAUAUUGCUGCUAUUCUUGAUGUGCCAAGAUGGGAACUGAAUGUCUUAGCUUCAUGCAAAGGUGCUAUUGCAGGGGAUUUACAGUUCUGCAAUGAAAAUGGUCUUCAUAUUGAUUGUCGAGAUACAAAAUUGGGUGUUCAAGUUCCAGCGCAUAAGAAAGAUAUGGUAGAUCUCAGGACAGAAGCUCAAUUUUUGCUAAUUGUCGAAAAGGAUGCCACUUUUCAAAAGUUAAUUGAGAAUAAAUUUUGUGAAAAACAUGCUCCAUGUAUUCUAAUAACUGCAAAAGGAUUUCCAGAUUUGGGAACUAGACUUCUGCUGAGAUUAUUAUGGGAACAGUACCAACUUCCAAUGUUUGCCCUAGUUGAUUGUGAUCCUCAUGGUUUUGAAAUAAUGGCAGUUUAUCGGUUUGGCUCCAAAGCACAUGCAAGUGAAAACCAUCUUUUGACUGUUCCAGCAAUAAAAUGGUUAGGAAUUCUACCGUCAGAAAUUCCUUGUUUGAAUAUUCCACAUUCAAGCUUGAUCAAAAUGACUUCAAAAGAUCAAGAUAAAACUGCUCAGCUACUGACAAGACCUUAUGUGAAAUUAAACUGGAAAAUGGAAGCAGAAAUUCAGAAGAUGUUCCAAAUGGGUUAUAAAGCUGAAAUUCAAUGUUUGGAUUCUUUAAGCUCUAGUUAUUUAUGUGAUGUCUAUUUACCAUGUAAAAUAGCAAAUUCAAGCUGGAUAUAAGCAAAAUGUUAUUUGGUUAUGUUUUGUCUGAAAUUUAAAUUCAAUUGAUAUAUUUUGUGACUAAUAUUACUUAGUUUUUUUUCCAUAUUAUUUUGAAUGAUCUGUAUAUAUAUAUAUAAAUGCAGGAAAACUUUCUUACU